GGAGCACAGAAACGCACCUUUCCAUGUCAAGAUGCCCCAUGCCUUGCCAUGCUUGCCCUCAAGCUUCAGGCUUGUCCGUGUGACCUCCCAGUAGCAGUUCGGAAUCCCCUUUGACGUCCACCUUAUCUUAUGCACCCGCUGCCCGACACCAUCCUUCGGAUAUCGCGAGAGGACUUCGUAGAGGUUUCCUGGUCGGUUGGUGAGGGACGGAGGAAGCUGUUUUGGCAGCAGCUGUCGGAUGGCGCUGGCGAGAGAUGAUGACAUCUGGUAGACAGAGCAAGAGUCAGAAAGUCGUGAGGGGGAAGAGCUAGAGAGAAUAACUUGCCCGUGUGCAAGGUCGAGCCUGAAGAACGCGGCAAGCGCUUCCCGUUGCAGGUUGUAAUAAUUCAGUCGCCUUGGGCGCUUCACGCGACGUCCUCUUGUUUCUUCACCAUGUACUCACGCAGCCUUCGACUUGCCACUCUACUUCCUUUGAGAUGCAACGGUCCUCUCAAGCAAACCACCAGGCUUAACUCUACCAUCUCUAGUCCACAAGUCGACACUCUCGGAAUACCCACCAAGCCCACCUGGUCCGUGAACGACUUGCUAUCGUCAUAUCCCCAGCCGACUAUCUCGGCUUCCACCCUCAAGAAACUACACGAACUAUCAGCUCUUAUACCACCUGCGGAGGGCACCCCGGAGCAUGCCAAGCUGACUCGCGAGAUGGAAGGUCUGGUGAAGCUGGUGGAAGCAGUAAAGCUGGUCGACACGACUGAAGUGCAAGUCGGACAGGAUGGUGAAAGCGUUCCGGACGGGAGGAUAUGGGCUGAGGGAACAGGAAUCGAGCUGGAUCACAACAAAGCGACUCUUAGCGACUCUGAUACUCCCUCUGGCCGCGACCUGCUGCGCCAUUCCUCUCGAGCGCAGGACGGCUUAUAUGUCGUCGAUGCCGACAAGAACAAAUAGUCAGCGGUUGCCGCAGUGCGCACGCGGUCUCUAUUAACUGCAUACUCCAGGCUGGCAGCUGGCAUUCGUUCAGCAAUAUGGGUACAUGUAUACACUAUACACUAU